AUGAAAAAGCCUGAGCCUUCGGAGAACGUCAUGAUAACCUUGUCGCUUACACCCGACCCUCCAACCUCCUCGCCGAGUCGCUUACCCUUCGCCCGCUCCCAUCUUCGAUCGCGAUCCUUGGCUGAGGUUUCCGGCCUACCGCCGAUGACUCGCGCACACUCUUCCCCAGGGCUGGACUCACGGGGGAGAUAUAUCUUCGCGAACAAUCGCGGCACCCAGGCGAAUCUCUCCGACAGCCCAACGCGACGUUAUCUGCCGCUGCAAGGCACCCCUGAAGAGAACCUAGAAUCCAGGAUGUUGCCUCUGAACAUCUCCGAGACUAUUUCCGAGCACGCAGAACUCGACACCUCAACACCUCCUCCUCCUCCGUCGCAAGGAGACCAGCUUCCUGCUUCACCUGUAUUGCCUCACACGCUUCCUCGCAUUGGUCGCCGGCGACCGUCUUCGCCCUUGCAUUUUCAUACGAUGAGCCCCAUGGGUGCGCCAGCUAGCAGCCCCUCUUCGGCGCAUUCAUCCCCAGUCGUCCUCGGCUCCCGCUACAAUGAGACUUAUCCCAGUUACUCGGCCUCUUCUACAUCGUCGGUGCCGUCUACACCCACCAGCAUUCGCUCCCGAAGCCCGAGCAUUUCAUCCUUGGAGACGAUUCCAGACAUUCCCGAUGCGGAGGCCGCUGCCAUUGAAGAUGACCAAAUUGCUGCCUUAAAGGCCGCGGCCGACAGAGCUGACGAAGCUGAAGCUGCCAAUGGUGGAAACAGAAGACGGGGAGUGUCAGAUGCUUCCGGACCAAUGGGUUCCUUUGGCAGCAUGCGCGCUGGAUCAGGAGGAUAUGGUAUCAGAGCCGACAAACGGAAACGGUGGAGCGUUUGUGGGGCCGAGCGUCGUCAAGACCUUGACCUAGAGACCAUCUGGGAGGAUUAG